CUCCUCGCAUUCAGCGUUCAUCCAUCAGCUCUGCUGCUGCUGCCGCCUCUGAGCUACAUCCAAAGAGACCUUGGAUAUCGCAAUUUUAUCCAAGCAAUGGAUGUGUUUAUUUCGUGUGGAUGAUGUUUUACGCAGCGCAUCCUGGAGGAGGCCAGACCAUCUGAUCCAGCCCAUGCCCAUGUAACUGAAGUAAACCAGGAAUCAUUUGGAUUUAAAUAUUCGAGAUAAAGAUGGGGAACCAGCUAACCGAUAUCGCUCCUGGAACUCCGUCUUUUUUGCCCAAUUUCCAAUCGCUCCAUAUAGUUGUCAUAGGACUGGACUCUGCAGGCAAGACUUCACUGCUGUAUAGACUGAAGCUAAAGGAGUUUGUGAAGACAAUUCCAACUAAAGGUUUCAACACGGAAAAAAUCAAAGUAGCCAUGGGGGCAUCGCGAGCUAUCAACUUCCAGGUCUGGGAUGUUGGCGGUCAAGAUAAACUCCGUCCACUGUGGAAAUCCUAUACAAGGCGUACAGACGGGAUUGUUUUUGUGGUGGACUCUACUGAAAUGGAGCGAAUGGAGGAAGCCAGAGUAGAGCUGCACAAAAUCACCCGCACGUCCGAAAACCAGGGAGUCCCGGUGCUAAUCCUGGCUAAUAAACAAGACCAGGAAUCUGCGCUGUCCGUGACCGAAGUGGAAAAGAUGCUGGCCAUUCAUGAACUCACCAUGUACACUCUGCACCACAUACAAGGCUGCAGUGCUGUAGACGGGCAAGGACUCCAGCCUGGACUUGAAAAACUGUACGAAAUGAUUAUAAAAAAGAAGAAAAUGGUGAAACAUAACAAAACUAGGAAGAGGUAAACUAGUAAACAUGGUAUUUGCACGGAUUGGACUCUACUGGGACAUAAUCCACAGCUUCCAAUCGCAAUGGUCUGUUGAAUGAGAGAACAAUUUGUGCCAACUAAACCACACUCAACCUUCGGGGCAGAGAUAAUGGAUUUGGCCAAAGGAGCUGAUGCAGUAUUGAACAUUCACAGUAGUUGGCAGUGGUCUUAAAGUGAUAGCUGAAGGAACUUGUUCAAAGCAAUUAGUCGUCACUAAGUGCUCAAGGAUUUUUCACUAGAAGACAUUUUACAAGUAGAUGUUAAAGAAUAUUUAUGAUAUGCUAAAAUGUCUUUAUAUUCACAUCUUAUUUUCUAUGUAUGGUUGACAAUUCACAGUUUAUAAUAAUAAUAAUCAAGUUAACCAAGCUUGGGACUGGCACAAAUAUAUAGUGUGUGUGGCUGGAAUAGUAAUAUUACUUUAUAUGAGGCUCUCCACAACAAACCAUCUUCCUCCUAAUGUUUCUAUUUUUACACCUGAUGCCC